AUGAAACCUGACCUCAGGCUCAACCCUGACCUCAGGCUGAACCCUGAACUCAAACGGCGAAUGCGAAGAUUGCCGGAGAACGAUGAUCGUCGCUGGCCCUGCCUCGGUGGCUUGCCUGGGUCACUAACACCCUGCCUCUGUGGCUUGCCUGGGUCAAAAACCCCUUGCCUAGGCAGCUUGCCUGGGUCACAAGCUCCUGCCUCUGUAGCUUGCCUGGGUCACAAGCCCUUGCCUAGGUGGCUUGCCUGGGUCACAAACCCCCUGCGUCGGUUGCUUGUCUGGGUCACAAACCCCCUGCCUCGAUUGCUUGUCUGGGUCACAAACCCCUGCCUCGGUGGCUUGCCUGGAUCACAAGCCCCCUGCCUCGGUGGCUUGCCUGGGUCACAAGCCCCCUGCCUUGGUGGCUUGCCUGGGUCACAAACCCCCUGCGUCGGUUGCUUGUCUGGGUCACAAACCCCUGCCUCGGUGGCUUGA